CCAAUAGAGAGCUCAAUGCGGGGGUGCUACGACGCCGACGGCGGCGGACGCCGCUAGGGCCAAAAAAAUGGCCGUUCUGGCGCCUUUAAUUGCUCUGGUGUAUUCGGUGCCCCGACUUUCACAAUGGCUAGCUCGACCUUACUACCUUCUGUCUGCCCUGCUCUCUGCUGCUUUCCUCCUCAUGAGGAAACUGCCGCCGCUCUGCCACGGUCUUCCCACCCAACGCGAGGAUGGCAACCCUUGUGACUUUGACUGGAGAGAAGUGGAGAUCCUGAUGUUUCUCAGUGCCAUUGUGAUGAUGAAGAAUCGCAGAUCCAUCACUGUGGAGCAACAUAUAGGCAACAUCUUCAUGUUUAGUAAAGUGGCCAACGCAAUUCUUUUCUUCCGCCUGGACCUUCGCAUGGGCCUGCUUUACAUCACACUCUGCAUAGUGUUCCUGAUGACCUGCAAACCCCCUCUGUAUAUGGGCCCUGAAUACAUCAAGUACUUCAAUGAUAAAACUAUUGAUGAGGAACUAGAGCAGGACAAGAGGGUCACUUGGAUUGUGGAGUUCUUUGCCAACUGGUCUAAUGAUUGCCAAUCAUUUGCUCCUAUCUACGCUGACCUCUCACUCAAGUACAACUGUACAGGGCUAAAUUUUGGAAAGGUGGACGUUGGACGCUACACUGAUGUUAGUACACGGUACAAAGUGAGUACAUCACCCCUCACCAAACAACUCCCUACCCUGAUCCUGUUCCAAGGUGGCAAAGAAGUAAUGCGGCGACCACAGAUUGACAAGAAGGGACGAGCUGUCUCCUGGACCUUCUCUGAGGAGAAUGUGAUCCGAGAAUUCAACUUGAAUGAGCUAUACCAGCGGGCCAAGAAGUUAUCAAAGGCUGGAGACGGUAUCCCUGAGGAGCAGCCUAUGGCUCCAACUCACACCACAGUGCCAGAUGGGGAAAACAAGAAGGACAAAUAGGAUCCUGACCGUCAGUGUUUCCUGUCCUAUCAGUUCCAGGCUACUUU